ACAGAACGCACAACUUCAUCAUAGGUCCAAAUAGCAGUGAAAAUUCCUCAUCUACUGUUCAGUAAACCAAUGUGAAGUGCAUGGCGUAUGGUGGCGAGAAGUGUCGUAGUCACAAGCAGGGAAAUUCAGCCUAGCAAUUGGUCGACUACACAGUGACGACUCCCGGAUCGGGUCCGCGGGCGCCGCGAUGAACCUGAUCAACAUGGACGCGGAGAACCGCGUGGUGCUGAACGUGGGCGGCAUCCGGCACGAGACGUACAAGGCGACGCUGAAGAAGAUCCCGGCGACGCGCCUGUCGCGGCUGACGGAGGCGCUCGCCAACUACGACCCCGUCCUCAACGAGUACUUCUUCGACCGGCACCCGGGCGUGUUCGCGCAGGUGCUCAACUACUACCGCACCGGCAAGCUGCACUACCCCACCGACGUGUGCGGGCCGCUCUUCGAGGAGGAGCUCGAGUUCUGGGGGCUCGACUCCAACCAGGUCGAGCCCUGCUGCUGGAUGACCUACACCCAGCACCGGGACACGCAGGAGACGCUGGCCGUGCUGGACAGGCUGGACCUGGACACGGAGAAGCCCAGCGACGAGGAGAUCGCCCGCAAGUUCGGCUUCGAGGAGGACUACUUCAACGGUACCAUGUCCUGGUGGCAGCACCUCAAGCCCAAGAUGUGGUCACUUUUCGACGAACCCUACUCCUCCAACGCUGCCAAGAUAAUUGGCGUCAUCUCCGUGUUCUUCAUCUGCGUCUCCAUCCUGUCUUUCUGCCUCAAGACGCACCCCGACAUGCGCGUGCCCGUCAUCCGCAACAUGACCGUCAUGACGCCUUCCAACGGUACCGCGUGGGUACUCGACAAGACCAAGACGACGGCGCACGUCGCCUUUUUCUACUUCGAGUGCGUGUGCAACGCUUGGUUUACGUUCGAAUUCUUCAUACGCUUCAUCGCGUCGCCGAACCGCAUCGAGUUUAUCAAGGCGUCCGUCAACAUAAUCGACUACAUCGCCACGCUGAGCUUCUACGUCGACCUGGUGCUGCAGAAGCUGACGUCGCACCUCGAGAACGCCGACAUAUUCGAGUUCUUGAGCAUCAUCCGCAUCAUGCGGCUGUUCAAGCUGACGCGGCACUCGUCCGGCCUCAAGAUCCUCAUCCAGACGUUCCGGGCGUCGGCCAAGGAGCUGACGCUGCUCAUCUUCUUCCUGGUGCUCGGCAUCGUCAUCUUCGCGAGCCUCGUCUACUACGCGGAGCGCAUCCAGGCGAACCCGUACAACGACUUCAACAGCAUCCCGCUGGGCCUGUGGUGGGCGCUGGUCACCAUGACGACCGUCGGCUACGGCGACAUGGUGCCCAAGACGUACGUGGGCAUGUUCGUCGGCGCGCUGUGCGCCCUGGCCGGCGUGCUGACGAUAGGACUGCCGGUGCCCGUCAUCGUCAGCAACUUCGCCAUGUACUACUCGCACACGCAGGCGAGGGCCAAGCUGCCCAAGAAGCGGCGGCGCGUGCUGCCCGUCGAGCAGCCCCGGGGGCCCCGCAUCGGCGGCACGGGCGGCUCCGCGGGACCGGGGCACCCCGGCUGCGGCAGCGUGGGCGGCGGCGGCGGGCCUGGGGGCGGAGGCGGCGCAGGCGGCGGCAGCGUCGGGGGCCCCGGCGGCGGGCCCGCCUCCGCAGGCGGCUGUCCGCAGAACUGGCGCAUGAACGCCAUCAAGGCCAACCACCUCAAGGACUCGCCGUCCAAGAUGGAUCAGUUUGACAAGAAGCCCAAACAGCGUCCAUUUUGACGGCUUUCAGUGGAAUUGACAGCUGCCUUGGUGCAAAGUGUCGUGUCUUGGUCUUGGGGUGCUUGGCUGAGAGUGAAUCAUCAACAUCAUUUUGUCACAAAAGGAUGAUUUCUCAAAUAUUAAAUCUCUUCUAAUUUAAUUCAUCCAAAGCUCUGGGAAAAGGUCUUACUGAGUAUUUUAUCGUCAUCAAGUUUUAAUAUACUAAAGUAAAAUUUUAGAAAUGCUAUUCAGUGCCAUAAAAUAGCAAUGUAUCAUAAAACUGACAAUAAGUCAACAAUAUUAUGUAUUUAAUUUGUACAAUUUUACACUGUCAUAUCUUGUGAAUCGGCAUUUGGAUAUGGGUGUUAUUACCCAAAAAGAAAACACUUUAAUCCACGCUAUACAGGGUUUAUCAAAAACGUUCAGAAAAAGUCUCCCAUUUGUCGUCCUCUUGUGAGAUUAUGUUUGAUGUACUUAGUGAAACUUGGUGCUUCAUCUGGAAAUGGCUAUUGAAAUGCUAGCAGUGUGAUUAAAAUACUCCCAGUUUAGCAUUUCAGGGAUGUGUCUCACAGAUAAGAAUAUGUCGAGUUUUAUUUCUCAGGAAUUUUUAAGGCACGAGUUACACUACUGUAAAUGGGCUCAGUUGCUGGUGAAAGAAGUAACAUCAGGACUCAAGAAACAAUUCGGUCCAGUGAAUGUGUGUGAACAUUUCAUUAUGCUAGAGUUAUUAGACUACGAAACAACUUGAAGAAAUAAUGGGGAACAACCUGUAUGAUAUAUUUCCUUUAUCAGUUUUAUCCAGUUACUAUAUAGAACAAUUCUAUGUAUCACUUGUUAUAAGAUUUUACUAUAUGCACAAAUAUCAAAAUAUUUUAUCACCAUUUAAAUAUUUAUCAUAUAAACCAAGACUAAACAUGUCUAACUACAAAUAUUCUAAACACCCAAUUUAUAUUUUAUUUCUAAGAAAAUGGCGUUUUUUACCUAUAAAUACAUAAGAGAUGCUUCCCAUAUAACUGCAGGAAGAGAAGUCAUGCUACAUCCAGAAAUCACUAUACUAUCUCUUUAAAAUGAGAAAUGUAUUCAUUAUUUUACUUAGCACUGUUUAAUGCUUAUGACUCAAAAUAUAUUUAUUAUUUACUUCUAAGAAGCCAUAAUACCUGAGAAGGU